AUGGCAGCGGCAGUUGGCGAUCUGCAAGUCAUGGACAGGCUCACCGCCAAACCGACGCGGCCAAGCACCCGAGGAGGCCGCAUUCGCAUCUGCCAGGAUGCCCGCGUGUCAACAAGCGCGCCUGGAUUCCACUGUGUUCGACAGAUUGCGGAGACAAACAUGCGGUGCCAAACCCAUGGACUCAUCCAGACGCGAUGGCCCGGCUGUUGGCGAUCCCGGGCGCCCGUUCCGCCCGUUCUCGGUCUCGGUUACAAACAAAUCAUUGUCCCUGCCCAGAUCCUUGUCUGGACAAACAAUGAGAGAGAUUCUGCUAGCUCCGCCAUCCCUUGGCCGGCGCUGGUGGUGAUGGUGGUGCCGUUUGCCUCGGCCACACAUCGUUUCGCUGUAACCGCCCAUGCAGAGCCAAGCACCCGCCAAAGAGGGGAGCGUAAGCCUGCAUCAGUCGGCUGCAGCGUGGCGGCCCCGAGCAGAGUCCCCCAUAUUGACCUCUGGAUCCCUAGUGUGCUGCUGCUGUCUGCAGGUCAUUCCAGCGACAUUCUCCUCAGCGUCUUUAGGGGCGGGCUUGAUUGCUGUUGA